AUGUUCAAAAAGAAGGAUAAGGAGUCGAAGAGGCAGCUCAUCGAUAUUGUUAAUAAUCGGAACAACUUGAACAGAUGUGGCGAGUGUGCGGCGGAGUAUCCUACGUGGGCAUCGUGGAACCUUGGCGUGUUGCUCUGUGGAAGAUGUGCUAAUGUUCAUAAGAAGGUGCUUGCAGGUGAUGGGCCUCUGGGGAGACCUAUUUCGAGGGUGAAAUCACUUACGUUGGAGCUGUGGUCGGACGAGCAGAUCGAGCACUUGAGGCGCAUCGGUAAUAAGAAGGCUAGGAAUAAGUGGAAUCCAAAGAGAGUUCCAUUUCCGCAUGCUGAUGACGAUGAGGAGGGUCCUGUGGAAGGCUACUUGAGAGAUAAGUACAUUCUCGGUCGUUUCCGUGAUGAUAACAUUGAAGGUGACGAUUAUGAUGCCCGCAGCGCUCGUUACUCUGAUCAUAGCGGUCCUCUGACCCCAGCUGGCAGAAGAUCUCGUCUGUCUACGGUCAACAGCAACAGAAGACCCCUCCCACGCUUGUCACACAGAAAGCUUACCAACUAUGAGCAGUCGCUAUACCCAACGCAGUUGCGCCAACUUGUCAGUAUGGGCUAUUCAGAUAAAGACCUCGCGUUGGAGAGUUUGAUCUUGGCUAACGGUGAUACCGAGCUGGCUCUAGAUAUCUUGGAAAACGAUACAAAGGUCAAUCCAAGCAAAGCUGAGAUUCCUCCUGAUUUGCCAAGAAGACCACGUCCUUCUACGGCCUCGAGCGCUGUAGGCAGCGCCAAUGGCUCGUACACUGCUCCCACAAGCCAGCCUUCGAGCACUGGUGCCACGGCAGAAUGGUGGAAUGGCCAACAAGGUUUACAGGUUCAACAAACGGCGCAAGCGCAACAACCUCAGAUUUAUCAAUACACUGACCCAGUCACCGGUCAAGUCUCGUAUGUCGACGAGCAAGGUAACCAGUACUUGGACCCUAACAACCCUCAGCACCAGCAGAUGCUUAUGCAACAAUCAAACCCACAACUUGCAGCACAACAGACGGCAAAGCAGAAUAUCAUGUCGCUCUACGGACAGCCCACAGGCCAACAACAGACACAGCAGACGGGCCAGCCUCAACAGGCGCAGCCCUCAGGAUUUCAAACGGGACAGCAGACGCAAGGACAAGGACAAUUCAACCAGUUUGGCCAGGCUAAUCAGUUUGGCCAGGCUACGGGUAUGCCACAGCAGCCCACCCAGGCAAUGUACGGACAACCUCAACAGGGCUUUUUCGGUGCACAGCCUAAUUACCAGUACGGUCAACCCCAGUACUUUGGAUAA